AUGAAGCCUCCUCCUCGGAAGCGAAACAAACCGGAGCGGACCCAGACAGAAUCGGUUCACAUGCGGUCCGGUAAGUGGCAGAGAGCCGAACUGAGGAGGCUGCUGGCCGGGCUGAGGACACAGAACCGGAACGCAGCAGAGCAUGGAGACAUCGACUACUCUGCCCUGAAGAAACAAGUCAAAACCCGGUCAGAGACUGAGGUACAGAACCGCCUUAAUGAUAUAGUUUUCAUUUAUUUUAAUUCACACUGUUUAAAAAGCGAGAUAUCACAGACGCUGACUGAUUUGAAAACCAUACAAACAUGAUUUUAUCAACAUUUUCCCUGCAUCCUCUAACCGUAUGGUUGAUGUCAUUGUCUCUCUGAAUACUAUGACACUCCAUCUGUAUCAUUUUUAACAUUGUUUUACUAUAUUUCUGGGACUUGGUAAAGCUCACUGCUUCAUGUUUCUCUGUUUCAUUUCUAUUUUUAUCCCUGAUUGAUACACAAAGUAAUGUUACAUCUUCGUGUUAAAUCUGUUGACAACAACAUCAACGUUCAAAUCUGCAAACAUCACAAAGAGUUCAGUAACCACCAUCUCUGCUGUAACAUUACUGUAGCAUAGAGUCAAAUAUAUCCGAUUAAGUUAUAUGAAGUCACCACACUGGGAGUAAGAUGAGCAGGGAUUCUUUUACUUGAUCUGAAGAUUCAUUUAUGUUUGUUGUUAUCCAGGAAAAAAUGUGUGUUAUACACCUUUCAGUGUUUCUGCUCUGGGUGACUCCUGAACUGUUUUUUUCUCAUAAAUAUUUUAGAUGUCUGAAUUUAUGGACUCGUAGCUCAUGUUUUUUCUCUUCAUCUCCAGGCUUUGGCUCAGUGCAGCAUGUUGGGGUAAAAUGUGCUUUAUAAAUAAAGUUUUUCUAAUUUGAUAAAAGUCUUGUGACCUGUUUGUUCCCUGGUCAGAUCCGGUCUGUGGUGGACGCUCUGAAGGAAAAAGUCAUCUCCUCUGCCAGUUAUGUCUUUAAGAAGAGGGAACGGGAGGAGAGGAUGGACAAAAAGCCCAUCCAGCUGUGGACUGAAAUGGCGUCCUCUGUGACGGGGACCAUCGAAGAAACUAUUAACGCAGCCUUCUCCCAGGUGACAACAGCAGGUCUAUCUUACCUGUCUGCUCAGGUGUAUCUGAAGACUCUGACCUUCACCUGCUCAGGUUCAUCAUCAUCAUCUCUCUCUCUGUUUUUCAGAUGCUGAUCGUUUCAUCCACAGAGCCCAGCACUCACAGGAACUCUGACCCCCCAAAGGUCCCUGGAUCAAUCACAGAUCAGAACAGACCUGCAGGGCGCACUGUCCCCUUCAGGCCAGUGCCUCGUCCUGCAUCUGGACCAGGUACAAAGCUGACUCUCUGUCCUCAGGAGAAACAGAUCUACAGUUGUGUUCAUAAUAAUAGCAGUCCCACAUCACUAACAAGAUAAAUCGCUGUUUUUGUUAGAUUUUCAACUUCUGCACUGCAAGGAAGUUUCUAGAAGGUUUAGUAAAGGUAUAGAAAACCAACUGACCCAACAGGCAUGACGUGCAUGCUGCAGAAAAUGAUAGGCUGUUCAGCUAAAAUGAUAUCAAAUGCUUUAAAAUGGCAGCCAAACCCAAAAGGCACGGAAGAAAAAGAAAAACAACUAUUUGAAUGGAUCGGAGAAUAACCAAAAUGACAAAGGCUCAGCCAAUGAUGAGCUCCAGGAGGAUCAAAGAAGAUCUAAGAUUGCCUGUGAGUACUGUAACAAUCAGACGACGUCUAUGUGAAGCCAAGCUACCAGCAAGAAGCCCCCACAAAGUCCCAUUGUUAAAAUAAAUACAUGUGCUGAAGCGGUUACAAUUUGCCAAAGAACACAUUGACUGGCCUAAAAAGAAAUGGCGUAAUAUUUUGUGAACUGAUGAGAGUGAGAUUGUUCUUUUUUGGGUCUAAGGGCCACAGACAGUUUGUGAGACAUCCUGCAAACACAUCAGUUUGAGUCCAUCAGAAUACUAAAAGAAGUCAUGUUGCCGUAUGCUGAAGAGGAACUGCCCUUGAAAUGGUUGUUUCAACAAGACAAUGACCCCAAACAAACUAGCAAGCGAGUAAAAUCAUGGUUCCAGACAAACAGAAUUCAAGUAAUAGAGUGGCCAGCACAAUCCCUGGACCUUAAUCCCAUAGAAAACUUGGACUGACAUGAAAAAUGCUGUUCAUGAGGCAAAACCAAGAAAUGCGGAGGAAUUGUGGAACAUAGUACAAUUGUCCUGGGCUGCAAUACCUGUUGACCGGUGCCAGAAGUUGGUUGACUCCAUGUACCACAGAUGUGAAGCAGUUAUCAGAAACCGUGGUUAUGCAACUAGAUAUUAGUUCAUUCUUCUCUGGAAAGUUUGAUCUUCAAGCAUUUCUUAAUUUAUACAGUUUGAGUUUGUAAAGAAAGAUGUCAACACUGCUUGACUUUCUGUUAAAUGUUAUCAAAUUCAAUGACUUUUCUUGCUUUGAAAUAGAAUGUGCAGUGUCCCCAAUGCAUUUGUCUUCAUUAAAAUACAGUUUAUUUCAGAAUUUUGAGGUUUACUCACCUUUUUAAACACAGUGCUCUUAUUAUGAACAUAACUGUAUGUGUGAAACAGCUGACCUGUGUGGUGUUUUUCCCUUCAGGUGUGCGUCCUGGCACCAGCCACACCCCACCACAUAUGGUUAUGAAGACCCCUGCCCUCAUAGUGAGCCCAGCCAGAAGACUCCCAGCUCCCUCACAAGUGGUUCCAAUCCCAGCCACCAAAGUCUCUACACCUCAGACACAACCUGGACCUGGAACUGGACCUGGAGCCCCCCCAGCUCCCUCACAAGUGGUUCCAAUCCCAGCUACCAAAGUCUCUACACCUCAGACACAACCUGGACCUGGAGCCCCCCCAUGUCAGACUGCUAAUGCUCUCUCCCAUCCCACCCGCCUCACCACUGUUACCACACCCGUCACUCCCACUCCUAACUCUGCAGCAGAGGGACAGACCACCUGCCCUCCCCUGUCCUCCUCCCCCUCUGCUCCCAGUCCUGUUUCCUACCCCAGUUCAGCCUCCCUCAUUCAGCCCACUCACCCCCCUCCCUCCGGCUCAGCUGCUGCCCUCUGCGCCCGCUUUGGACGAACCAGUAAGCACGCCACUGAGGACAGUCCCAGGGCGUUAGGGGUUAAAUGUGUGGUGGACUUUGAGAGGAUCUACAAAUACCUAAGCUUUAUCCUCAAGCCUGACGAAGAGUGUCCCCUCACCCCCAUGGGUAAGUCAUCAUCCCUUACCCAGUUGGGUGUUUUUACAACAUAAGAAGCAGCAAAGAAAGUUUUCAAACACUAGCAGAUGGGAGUCUUGGCAGCAGAACGUCCUGUUGAACAAAGCGAGGCUGAACAGACAGAAAUGAGAGCCGCGCUGUGAUCCUGUGAAACUUCCUCCAUGUUUUAGCGUGGUCAACAGUAUCACAGAAACUUUGUGGAGUUUCAGAGUAGCUGCCUCAGUCAUUAGUUAAGCAGUUAACAUGCAGUCAUUAUGAUAUUAAAACAAUAACUUCAUGAAACUGAUCACCAGACCAGAGACAGACAUCCGUGCACUUUGGUCUUAAAAACCAGCAUGACUGAAUCAGGUGUGUUUUUGAAGCAGCCCUCUCUGUAUCUUAUUAACCAGCUAUCAUAUAAAAUCUCUGAUGUUUUUAAUUCUGUUCAGGUGUCUGCACAUUUUUCUGUGCUUAAAAAGACAUGCUUUUACUUUCUUUGUCCUCAAGAGGGCGCCAUCAUGCUGGACCUGUUGAUGUCUCUUCCUGAGGAGCUCCCAAAGCUGGACUGCAAUGGGCUGAGAAAACACCUGAGACAGGUAAAGCUGCAGCACUCUGGUUAGUUUAUUACUCGUGUAUAAUCUCAUGUACUAUCACAGAUCAGACUUUAUGAGUACGGCUCUCUACAGACCAACCGUAUAUUCACAUUAAUUACAUUAGUAAUUAUUUUUCAUUUUUAAAACGGAACUGUGCCUGAAGUUGGUGAAUUACUGAUAAUAGAUAAGAACUCAUUUCAUAAGUAGCUACUCCUGGAAACUCUUAGCCAGUUUACAGUCACUGAAUCACAUGAAUAUCUCUUUACUUUGGUUCUACAGUUCUUGAGUCAGUUUUCAGAGAUCGAGUGAAAUUAAGACUCUGCAGCAGAGACUUUAAAAAGGAAAAAAAAUAGAAUUCAGUAAGGACUAAUACAGUGAAAAUGCAAAGAGACUAAAUCGAGACUGAAACAGAAAAACUAAAAUGAAGCAAAAUACUGACAGGAGGAAGUUAAGACAUAGUGGAGAAAGAUGCUGUGAUCUGAGACUGAGCAGUAAAAUAUCCCUUAAAAAUUGAAUAUACAUGAGACAGAUACAGAGAAACUGAGACUCAGAAGAGACAGAUACAGUAAAACUGAGACUCAGAAGAGACAGAUACAGUAAAACUGAGACUCAGAGGAGACAGGGACAGUAAAACUGAGAGUCAGAGGAGACAGAGACAGAAAACUGAGGUCCAGAGGAGACAGAUUCAGUAAAACUGAGACUCAGAGGAGACAGAUUUAGUAAAAGUGACACUCAGCAGAGGCAAACACAGUAAAACUGAGACUCAGAGGAGACAGACACAGUAAAACUGAGACUCAGAGGAGACGGAGACAGACAGUAUAACUGAGACUCAAAGUUGACAGAUAAAAUUAAACUGAGACUCAGAGGAAACAGAUACAAUAAAACUAAGACUCAGCCUUAGCGGAGCUAGGUAGUUAUGUACUGGCCAAAACAGACACUGGCUGUUGAAUUCGAUCAUUGAAAUCCUGGUACUGAUCCUAAUAACAGCUCAUAAAACGAUGACCUGGUCUGUCUCAGGUAUCUGGGAGCAGCAGGACAUUUUGUCUGCUCUCAGUUAAUGGAGGAGGAGACCUUAACCUCAGGGUGAGGGUCCAGGUGAUGGUAGAGACACAGAGGGGUUUUCUGUUUGGUCUGUCUGGUGUAUGAAAGAUGGGAACGUGCAGCUCGUGUUUAAUGAAAGAUUACAGUUAGUUCCUGUCUUGUCCCCUCAGGCGUAUCAGAGUCUCUCCUCCUCAUCUGACUCCAGGGCAGCCAGAGACCUUUUCAAAGACUUGCAGGACAGACCUGGGGCUCAGACUGAGUCUCCUGCUGUUACAAACAUGGACAGACCUGACACCCAGCAGAACCCUGCAGGACCUGCAGACAUAGACAAGAGGGGGGUCACACAGCAGCCACAAGAAGCUGAGACCCACUCAUCUGCGAGCAACACCACAGCCAAUCAGGAUGCAGACAUUUCGGGGGUCUGCCCCCCUCUCAACCCUUUCAUGGUGCCUCUGAAACUGUUGAAACGCAGAGAGAUUGUGCUGCAGAGUCUAUGA